UAGUUUUAAAAUCUAAAUAAAGCAUGACAAUUUUUCUAACUGUAGAUAAAAAAUCAAACUAAAGAAACUUCCAACAGCCUAACUAAUGACCUCCAUAAUCUCUCAACUACCAAUCUACCAUGGUAAGUAAGUCCUCAUUGUGAGACUCUGAAAUAAGUUUAACAUGAUCAGAUAGACUGGAAAUAUAUUAAGAUCACUGCUUCCAAUGAUAUUAAAUAAGUUUAACUUAUAAUACAAGUUAUGUGUCGUGUAUGCCAUACCUCAAAUUAUGUUAGCUAGGACAUACAAUAUGGUUCUUCUUAUCACUUCAAAUUAAUGAAGAUCUGCUAACCAUUACAAGAUACCAUGCAACAUCAUAUAUUGGUUUAAGGAUUUGAUGUUAAGUAAGGUUAGUUCACGCUUUAUGAUCUGACCAAACGUUUUUAACAUUUAGACCCAACAAAAAAAAAUCUGACCAAACGUAAGUAUGCACACCUUUUCUUGGUAUAACUACACUAAAAUAAUUCCUACUACCACCAGCUUAUGAUUGCUUAUAGAAUUCAAUUCACAUUCUAUAUGAGAAAUAUUGGUUUAUUUUCCGAAUCUGCAACGUUUUACUCGAUAUUAAUUGUUUUUUAUUAAAUAAAGUUGGUCUAAUAUCACUUUAUGGCAAAGCCUUUAGCUAACAACCAUUAACCAUACAUCUAUUGGACUUUUGAGUGUGGGAUAAUCAAACUACUAAUGCUGAUAUAUUUUUAUUGAUUAAUAAAUACUUUUAUUUAUUAGAAUUGCUUUCAGGCACAUCUGUGGAAAACAUAAAAAUGUUAAAUUGUACAUAUGUACAAAUUUACAAUUGAACGUAGAUAUUCAAGACUUGGUAUUAAAAAUUCACCAUAUAUAUCAUUGUAUUUAUAAUAUCAUGGAUCACCACUGUCAACAAUGUCGUUGUAGUAUAGUGGUAAGUAUUCCCGCCUGUCACGCGGGUGACUCGGGUUCGAUCCCCGGCAACGGCGUAUUUUUUUUCCUUGUUGUUCUUUUCUACAUACACUUCGUCGUUUACCACAACCUCACAAUAUCAACGACUCGACGUUUUUCUUCGCUUGAGACGGGACGCAGUCUAGCAACCAAUUGCUCACACCACCUUCUCAACUUCGUCCACCGCCGCAUUACGAAUGCGCGUGUGCCACAUGUGCGUGACGUUACUGCGAUGAUUCAUUGAAUUUUGGAGAGAGCAUGUGCACAUGACUUAAAGAAUACGGAAUUUAGUUUUAAUCUAAACGAAGUCUCUUAAAGUCAAACGUUGUUCCCGAUUCAAUCCACUGACAAACUAACCACUUAUUUUCUCUGUCUUAAACGAUGCAACUCGAGUUUCCAGAUUCGAUCUGUCACUGUCACUUUCCAUGGCUAGAGAAAACCCACUGAUGAGUUUCUCCUUCAGUCUCAGAUACCUCUGUCACUUCACUCUCCUCAUCUCUGUCCUCUCUUUCGUCUCUUUCCUCUUCAGACACAACACCACACUCUGUUCUUUUCCUUACGACCACAACCCCAACGCUGAUCACACAUUCGACCACACCCACGACAACGAAACCAUCGAUCUUCUUACCUUCUCUUCCGCUUGGAACCAUCUCACUUUCUCCCCGUCCAAACCGAACAAGAUUCUCAAGAUCGCUGUCGUGGUUAAGAAAUGGCCGCAAAAAUCACAAGCUGGUGGGCUCGAGAGGCACGCGCUUACGCUGCACCUCGCUCUAGCUAAUCGUGGCCAUGAGGUUCAUGUUUUCACCGCAGCGUCUCCGUCUUUCCCUGAGUAUGGACUGAAAAAUCUCCGGUUCCAUCUCUCUCAGCCAACCUCCGGUGGAUAUCUCGAUCAAGCUUCCCUCUCGCAAGAGCUUCAGACGCAGAACGCUAGUGGAAGACCAUUCGAUGUGGUUCACACAGAGAGCGUCGGGCUUCUCCACACACGAGCCAAGAACCUCCAAAACGUUGUCGCGUCGUGGCAUGGAAUCGCUUACGAGACGUUGCAUUCCGACAUAAUCCAAGAACUCCUCCGUCAAGCGGACGUCGCCGCCGGAGCAGAAGCAGAACAGCCACCGCCUUCCGCUCCAGCUCUUACGGAGCGAGCGAAGCGUGUCGUGGAGGAAGUCAAGUUCUUCCAACGUUACGCUCACCACGUGGCAACUAGCGAUCACUGCGGCGACGUGCUCAAGAGGAUCUACAUGAUUCCCGAGGAACGCGUCCACAUCGUACUAAACGGCGUCGACGAGAGCGUUUUCAAACCUGACGUUUCGAAACGCGAGAGUUUCAGAGAGAGAUUCGGCGUUAGAAGCGUCGCCAAGAACAGAGAGCCUCCUCUGGUUCUUGGAAUCGCGGGGAGGUUGGUUAAAGACAAAGGCCAUCCUUUGAUGUUCUCAGCUUUGAAACGUGUGUUUGAAGAAAACAAGAAAGCGCGAGAAAACGUCGUCGUUUUAGUGGCGGGAGAUGGUCCAUGGGGGAACAGAUAUAAAGAACUCGGGUCUAGUAACGUGAUCGUUCUUGGACCGUUGGAUCAAGAAAAGCUAGCGGAGUUCUACAAUGCCAUCGAUGUGUUUGUGAACCCGACGCUUCGAGCUCAGGGGCUUGAUCACACUCUUUUGGAAGCUAUGGUUUCAGGCAAACCAGUCUUAGCCACGAGGCUAGCGAGUAUCACUGGGUCCGUGGUCGUCGGUCCGCAUUUGGGAUACACUUUCUCGCCCAACGUGGAGUCUCUCGCGGAGGCGAUUUCACGAGUUGUUAGUGAUGGAAGAGAGGAGCUGGAGAAGAAAGGCAAGGAGGCACGUAAACGAUCGUUGAGGCUUUUCACUGCGUCUAAAAUGGCUGAUGCGUAUGAGAGGUUGUUUCUUUGCAUUUCGGAUAAGAGUUACUGUACAAUACAAGCUUGAUACAUUUGAGCUAUAGUUAUACUGGUAGAGUUAUUACUAAUCAUUUGGUAAAACAUGAAAGAUGUGAUGUUCUGUAAGAAGAAGAUUAAUUUUACAUGCGUUAGUUCCUACAUAAAGAUGUCUGGUUUGGUCACUUGUUUGAGUUGGUAAAAUUCUAAAAUUUUCAUAUU